CAGAGGCCCCGCCCCGCACGGCGCCUUACGCAGCGCGGCGGUUGCGGCGGGGACGCGCUCGGGGCCGGGCGGUGCUGCGGGCCGGGUGUGCGACCGCAGCAUGUCGGAGGGCGAGUCCAAGCAGGUGCCCAGCAGCGGCUCCGACCCCAAGCCGGAGCCCGCCUCGUCUGGCCCGGGGAUGACCUCGGUGUCUGCGCCGGUGACUUCCGCGGCGCCCCCAGAGGAGGAGGAGGAGGAGAGCGAGGACGAGUCCGAGAUCCUGGAGGAGUCGCCGUGCGGCCGCUGGCAGAAGCGGCGCGAGGAGGUGAACCAGCGCAAUGUCCCGGGGAUUGACAGUGCCUACCUGGCCAUGGAUACGGAGGAAGGUGUGGAAGUUGUCUGGAAUGAAGUUCAGUUUUCUGAGCGGAAGAACUUCAAGCUUCAGGAAGAAAAAGUUAAAGCAGUGUUUGACAACUUAAUUCAACUGGAUCAUCUCAACAUUGUGAAAUUCCACAAAUACUGGGCUGAUGUCAAAGAGAACAAGGCCAGGGUGAUCUUCAUCACUGAGUACAUGUCUUCAGGGAGCUUGAAACAGUUCCUGAAGAAGACUAAGAAAAACCACAAAACUAUGAAUGAAAAGGCAUGGAAGCGGUGGUGUACCCAGAUCCUCUCUGCUCUCAGCUACCUCCACUCCUGUGAUCCCCCCAUCAUCCAUGGCAACCUGACCUGUGACACCAUCUUCAUCCAGCACAAUGGACUGAUCAAAAUCGGGUCAGUCUUUCAUAGGAUAUUUGCUAAUGUGGCACCGGACACAAUUAACAACCACGUGAAGACCUGUCGUGAGGAGCAGAAGAACCUGCACUUCUUUGCCCCGGAAUAUGGAGAAGUUGCCAAUGUCACCACUGCUGUGGACAUCUACUCCUUUGGGAUGUGUGCACUGGAGAUGGCAGUGCUGGAGAUCCAGGGGAAUGGGGAGUCAUCCUACGUGCCGCAGGAGGCCAUCAACAGUGCCAUCCAGCUGCUGGAGGACCCCCUGCAGCGGGAGUUCAUUCAGAAGUGUCUAGAGCAGGACCCUGGCAGGCGCCCGACAGCCCGGGAGUUGCUGUUCCAUCCGGCGCUGUUUGAGGUGCCAUCGCUGAAGCUGUUGGCUGCUCACUGCAUCGUUGGGCACCAGCAUAUGAUUCCUGAAAAUGCUUUAGAAGAAAUGACCAAAAACCUUGACAUGAAUGCAGUGUUGGCAGAGAUCAAUCACGAGGACAGGGAAGGAGUCAAGAUGAUCUUCUCUCAAUCUCCAGCCCUGGAGCUGGACAAGUUCCUGGAGGAUGUGAGGAAUGGAAUCUAUCCCCUCACAGCUUUUGGGAUGCCACGACCCCAGCAGCCCCAGCAGGUUGUGGUGAAAUCUCCCAUUGCUCCCCCAUCAGUGAAAACCCCAACUCCAGAGCCCGCUGAGGUGGAGACCCGCAAGGUGGUGCUGAUGCAGUGCAACAUCGAGUCCGUGGAGGAGGGGGUGAAGCACCACCUGACACUGCUGCUGAAACUGGAAGACAAGUUGAAUCGACACUUGAGCUGUGACCUUCAGCCCAAUGAUAACAUACAGGAGCUGGCAGCUGAACUGGUCCAGCUUGGAUUUAUCAGUGAGGCUGACCAGAGCAGACUCACGUGUUUACUUGAAGAGGCAUUUAGCAAGUUCUACUACACUCGGAACGGAGCCCUGACGGCCGUAACUGUGUCAUCUUAGCUCCGUGGCUCCUGGGCAGCCAGUGUGGCCUCGCUGCCUGCGGCCCAUCUGUGUCUGCCCACUGCUGUCGGGCAUCCGCAAGACCCCAGCUGCAGUGCUUGGAAGCUCAUCCUGCAUGUGCCGUGGCUGGGCUCAUCGACAGUCCUCCCUGCCCGCCUCCUAAAGAGGACUUUGCGCAUCAGUAUUAUUUCCAGCCCUGUUUUUGUUGGGAUUUGCCAGGUUGUGCUGCGGAGCUGAGGCCUGGCUUGGGGCAUUCUGCAGCCCCACUCAUGUGCAUGGAGUUUGUUCUGUUUGAAUUGUACAAAGUGUCUUUUGCACAGCACA